UGUUUUAAAUUUCCGAAUGUUAAAAAUGUCAAAUUCUUUGUUCAUACAACUUUUUUUUUUUUAAUUAUUUUUAUAAUCAUCGUCUAAUUGUGAUCGUCAAUAUGGUUCAACCAAAUGUAAAAAUAUAUCAUCCAUCGUACAUUUCUGUCAAAAUCUAUUCUAGUAUAAAAAAUAAAAUAAAGGAACUUGCUAAGAAAACAAAAACGGACAUUUCCUUUAAUUUUGAAGAACAGUAUUUUGAUAUUAAGGGAAGAUCUCAACAAGCUUGUGAUGAUUGUUCAAUGAUUAUAAUGCAAAACCUUUUGCCACAACUUAAUGCUACCAUCGAUGAAUUUAAAUUUAAAGGAACAUUUCAAGAUCUGGAAGAUAUACUAUCGUCUAAUGUUUCAAGCCCAGCUUCUACCUCUAGUGCAAGCCCAAUUCGUGAAUCAACACAAAUAUAUGCACAAGGUAGACCUUUAAACUUGGAUGUGAUUGACAAGAAAUAUAAAAAGAAAGCAGAGAGUAGUAAUAAGGAAAAUGCAUUCUUUGACUACCAAGAAACUGAAAGUGAUGAAUCUGAUGAAAGUGAAGAAGAAUAUGUUGAAACUUUUACCUUUGCCAAGAAUGUUCCUAAUCCAAAGGAAGUCCUGACUGGACCAUCAACCAACAAUAGUAAGCCUAUUGAUUAUUUACGCGUUAUCGGUCUUGAUACAGAAACAGAAUGCAGUUUAAUUAAUAGACAAAUUAAAAUCGUCGGUAACAGUGAAGAAUCAGUUAAAGAAGCUCUAGAAAGAUUUAGAAAUUUACAAACCAUAUAUAAACGUCGAAAGAGAUCAACUCUAGUUAUACCCUGUGUACAUUAUCCUAUCGAGUUUUCCGAAUUAGGUUUAUAUUUUUGCAAUAUGGAGAGAUAUGCUCAACAAAGUUAUAUAGAUCUCUUAACUAGCUCUACAGCACCUUUACAUGUUAUCUUACCUGUAUUUAAAGGAAAAGAUAAUCAAUAUCAAAAACCUAGAGAACUGAUUAGCGCUCCAUCUCAAACGAUAUCUCCUCAAAAAUGGAAACAACAUCAACAACCAAUUGCACAAAAAGAGCUAUCUUUAGAUGAAAGAAUGAAACUAGCCUCUCUGGAAUUUGGAAGAGGAGGACGUAAUAGCCCUAACGUUAAUAUAGCUCCUGACCAGAAACCUCUUUGGGGUGAAAACAAAUCAUAUGUGAUACGUCCUAGUGUUCAAGCUGCACCUCCUAAUCCUCAAUCAUUUGUAUCUACUUCAACCUCUUCGUAUGCUUCACCUUCUCCAUCUAAAUCUGAUUUAGUUGAAGAUUUUCCAGCUUUACCUGUUCAUGCUCCUGCUCCUAAAAAGGCUCCUACUCGACGAGUCAUGCGCUUAAAGAGUCAAAAAUCUGCUUCUGUAGCUAAAAUGCCAUCAAAAUCAAAUAUGGAAAUUAUGAAAGAAUAUAAUUUACAUAACAUUAAGACUGCUUUAGAAGAAGGAUUAACUACCGUACGUGGAUUUAAGGGUGACAUAAAAAUAAGUGCAAAAUUAGGUAAAGUACUUUGGAGUAAUGUUACUCCCGAGAUACAAAAACGUAUCUGGAAUUUCCCUGAUUUGAAAGAUAACUUGAUGCAAGAACGUGGUAUCCAACCCAAUUUUAAUGAUGUUACAACUAAAUCCGAUGAUCUUAUUAGUAAAAUAGCUGAGAUCUUACCUCAAUAUUAUAGUAGGACUGCUUAUUUCGAGAUUCAUGCUAAAGCUCGUAAUCAACCUAUUGUUCCAUAUCAGCCAGUUGUCAUGUAUAUGAAUCAAGGUGUAGUUGAAUUAAAGAAAGUGGUUACUGCUACUAAUAAAAUUGUAGAGGUUGACUGGGUAUCACUAGAAAGAAAAUUCGACUUCCAAUUACUUCUUAAAACUGAACAAACGACAAGAUCUGAUGUAAAACCAUUUACUACCUUUAUCAAGAAGGUCGCUGUGAGCCCUGUUACUCGUCAAAUUACAUAUGAAAACAUACCAGACUUUUUAGAAGUUGAUUAUAUUUUAUUGAAACAAACUACAAAAUAUAGAAUUCACUUUCCUUUUGUAAUUGAGAUUACUCGUGUUGAAAAGCUACCCUUAGUUCAACAAAAAUUUAAUAAUUAUGGCAUUGAGAAAAUUCUCGGUGAUACUGGUAAAGGUCAAGUCUGGUAUGAUUUAGAGGUCUUUUAUUCUACUUAUGAUGAAAUCUUUAAGGUGAACAAUGAUUUACCUAUUGGUAAAUUUGCCUCUUGGACAGUAAAAGAUAUUAUAGGUGAUGAAAAUGAUCCUUCUAGUGCUUUAGUUGAAUACAUUCGAUGUUUACUUAUCUUGAUUGAAAAAUGUGAAUCAGUUAUUUAAAUAUAAUAUUUAAUAAUAAUAAUAACAAUAAUAAUAAAGAAAAAAAAAACUUCUAU